CUUAACAGACUGUUUGCCAGGUGCAUGAAACAUCGUCUAAGUGCAGGGUUGCAAUAAUCGCUCUCUCCAAGAGCAAUUCAGAGUAAUUGUGUAGAUGCUAUGGAAAGCACAUCUUCUGUAAUUUGUUGCAAUGAAGCUAGAAGCCGGGAUGGUGCAGGUUGGUGCGAGAGAUGCUGCACUUGACCUCCAGCCACAUCGCCCAGCCCAGGACCUUCCACUGGUGACAGGGACAUGGGACGGCUUCUAUCACCUUCCAGAUGGUUCAUUACAACUGACAUCCUGCUUAGUCUCGGUGGGAAGGAGUCUGAAAAUAUUUCUCUUUGUUACUCUGGGACAUCACAUACUCGUAGCAGUAGGAUUUAUCAGGUUUUGUAUAUCCUUUAAAGUUUUAAAGUGACCUUUUCCAAUGAGGAUGUCUGGUAUUGUUGCUGUAAAAGACGACCCCGAUGCAAUGAAGGGAUCCGAGAUAGACCUGAGCCACUCCAGCUCCAUCGAAAACCUUCUCCAAUCCGCAGGGCACGAGAAAGGACCGACAGAAAAGGAUGAGGGUUGUUGUGAUAACAAGCAGGACCCUACGCGCUCGGUUCAGCCUCUGGGGCAAACAGGAAAAAGGUCUAAGUCAAGUUCAAAGUUAAAGCUAGUGCGGAGUCUGGCUGUGUGUGAAGAGUCGCCUCCUCCUUCCACAGCUGAUACCCCCUUGGACUUUCAGGAGCCCAUCCCAAACCUCCAGGAGACAAUAUCGAUCCAGCUUGCACCUUCCCCUGGAAAAGAGGAUAAACCUUCCAAAGAUGAAGCUGAAAAGGAAAAAGGAAAUGAAAAGUCCACGCGCAAAAUGCUUUCUAGAGAUUCCAGCCAAGAAUACACAGAUUCCACCGGCAUAGACCUCCAUGAGUUUCUGGUGAAUACGCUGAAGAGUAACCCCAGGGACAGAAUGAUGCUGCUCAAGUUGGAACAGGAUAUAUUAGAUUUUAUUUCUACCAACGAAAUUCAACGUAAGAAAUUCCCUCCAAUGACCUCGUAUCACAGGAUGCUCCUUCACAGAGUCGCUGCAUACUUUGGCCUUGAUCACAAUGUGGACCAGAGCGGCAAAUCUGUUAUUGUGAACAAAACGAGCAAUACAAGAAUCCCUGAUCAGAAAUUUGAAGAACAUAUCAAGGAUGAAAAGAGCAUGGACUUCCAGAAGCGGUACAUUCUCAAAAGGGAUAACUCCAGCCUAGACAAAGACGAUAAUCAGAUGAGGAUGAGGUUAAAGGAUGACAGGAGAAGCAAGUCCAUUGAAGAACGGGAAGAGGAAUACCAGAGGGCUAGAGAGCGAAUAUUUGCGCAAGAAUCCCUGUGUUCUCAGGAGAAUUUUCUCACGGAUAAAAGAAUGCAAGAGGAAGAGUGUAACCUCACACAGCAAAGGCGCCAGAUAUUUAGGAUCAAUAAAGACGCUUCAGGUAGAUCAGGAAACAGCCUCUUCAGCAGUACUGAGAAUGAUGUCAAGUAUAAUGAGCCUCGCCCGUGGAGCAGUACGGACUCCGACAGCUCCAUCCGAAACCUGAAGCCCGCUGUCACCAAAGCUAGCAGCUUCAGUGGGAUUUCGGUUUUGACACGAGGGGAUAGCUCUGGAAGCAACAAAAGCACAGGCAGGCUUUCCAAAACAGGUUCAGAGUCUUCUAGUAGUGUAGGGUCGUCCAGAGGGUCUCUGUCUCACUCCCAGCAGGCUCUUCCAGUUCCGGCUGUAAGCCAACCUUCCCAUGACUCUGCUCCCGUCUAUCCACCUGUCAGCACUAGUAAUACUCUUUCCUUUGAUGGUGGCUUAAGUGGGCAAGUGGCUCCAUCUAGUACUAGCUUCUUUUUGCUUCCCUUGGAAGCCACUGGCAUUCCUCCCGGCAGCAUUCUGAUCAACCCACAAACAGGUCAGCCAUUUAUAAACCCAGACGGCACUCCAGUUGUGUAUAAUCCUCCUGUGACUCAACAACCAGUUAGGACCCAAGUGCCUCCCCCAGCGCCCCCUCCUCCACCCCCACCCCCUCCCCAGCAAGCACCCAACCACCUCAUAUCACAGCCUAUCCGGUCUCUGCCGUCCUCUUCGCAACCUGUUCAGUACCCAGCCGUCUCUUAUCCGCCCCCGCUCCUGCAAGUCUCACCCACUCAGCAGUACACUGUGCCAGACAACCUGGGCUCUCAGUUUAGCCAUAUGAGUCUUGCCAGACAGCCAUCGGCAGAGUCUUCAGAUGCUCAUUCGACCAUGUUCCAAUCCACUGUGGUGCUUCAACCUUCCGCACAGUCUGGCUACAUCAUGGCGCUCCCCCCUCCCCCUCCUCCUCCACCACCAUUUGGACAGUCUGUGCCACCCCCUAACUAUUCUGCCUCCAGCCAGCCUGUCAAUCCCACAGUGCUGCAGCCGCAGGGAUACAUCCAGCCCCCCUCUCUCCAGCAGAUGCCAACCUGCUACUGUGCUCCAAACCAGUAUCCUCACUCCAACCAACAAUAUCGACCCGUCUCAUCGGUGCAGUUCGCUUCUCAACCAAACCAAACACUGCCACAAGCUGCCCACCAAACAGUUUAUCCUGCAGUAAUGCCCAGCCAGCAGCCAACCUACCAAGGCAUGGUCAACGUACAGCAGCCUCAGCACCAGACGUUGGUCAGCGGCCAACAUGGUAACAUUGCCAAUCCCAUCCACGGUGUAAUGGUGCAGCACUCCUCAGUGCCCUCAUACCAGGUUCCCGUUCGGCAAGGCUCCCAGUCUGUGCCACAACAGCCAUAUCACCAACAGGUGCUCAUUCCUAACCAGUCCCACCACCAGGGACAGUUACCGAUCACAGGGAUGCCAGUUUACUACAGCGUCAUCUCGCCAGGACAGCAUAAUAACCUGAGCUCCUCAGUGGGGUAUAUGCAGCAUCCAGGAUCUGACCAGAUGCAAUUUCCAAGGACGACAUCUCCUUGUAGCUCUCUGCCAGGUCCUCAGUGUGCAGUACCAGCACCGCCCCCUCCUGGUGGAAUGUUAAUGAUGCAGUUUAAUGUUCCUAACAACCACCCACCACCUCAAACACAUUCACCGCCUCAGUGGAAGCCAAAUAAAUAUUAUUGUGACCAUCAGAGGGCUCAUAAAACGGCAGAGUAUGGGAGCUUGGAUCUGUCUACACAGCAUAGUUCACAUCUAAGCAGUCCAAUAACUUCGCCCAAUCAGUCACCGGUUCCUGUCCAAAUAACCAACAUGAAAAAUAUCCGCCCUGGUUUAACACCUCUCCCUCUAGUUCCGCACUUUUCUAGACCAUUUGCUCCAGGACAAGCAGGUGAUACAAGAUAUCCGUUACUUGGUCAGCCAUUACAAUACAAUGCUCCUCAAUUAGUACAUGGACAUAUAACAAGUCAACAGGGUCAGUCUGGACACAGACAUGGAAAUAGAGGCAAAAAAUCCGCCAAGAAAGCUGCUUCCACAGACCUCUCUGCAGGUGAACCUGUUGUUGGGAAGGUCCUAGAAAUCACAGAACUGCCUGACGGAAUUAGUCGCAAGGAUGCAGAAAUGCUUUUUGGUGAACUCUUUAAAGUAGGUGCUAAAAUUCGGUGGCUCCGGGACCCUCGAUCGCAGCAGAACCCGCAUCAGCAUCAUCAGCACUAUUGCGGUAGUGGGGAGAGCCAUACGAGUACUGAACAAGCCAGCCCCUCUUCAGACUUGGCCUCCACCUACACCAUCGUCGCGACGUUCCCCACCGUAUCGGCUGCUAAGAAUGCACUGAAAGAACACAAUAAUUUAAUGAACAAGUUUAGACUGAGAACAAGCAGAAAACCCUACGACCUUCACAUCCUCGAAAGAGCGAGCUCUCAGUAGGAAAAAAAAAAAAGGCGGGGAGAUGGCGUCCUGCGAUGUCCGCCUUCAUCCCACCAUCAUGAUUGGCCUUCGGAAGGGUUUGUGUGUACGCAGAGGCACGGUGUAACUGAAGAACAUCCUACAGUGCCGGCAGAGAGUCACCCGUGACUAGGACAGACCUACCCCACCCUUCCCCUUUUAUAGCCUGUUUGUUUUAUAUUUAUAUUUCUGUAUCGGACCCAAAGUUCUCUUGUACAGAAAAAAUAUGUUGUUCAUAAUGAAUGCCCAUGUUGAAAAGAAAAAAGAAAAAAAAAGAUGA